UUCUCUACACAUGGACGGAGACUUCCCACUAAAAGCGUUGCUGCCUAAGAAAGAAACCGGUGCAGAAAGUUUCCUGGCUCGCAACCCUGAUUUUGAUGGACGAGGAAUAACCAUAGCUAUACUUGACACUGGAGUUGAUCCUGGAGCUCCAGGACUUCAAGUUACAACAGAUGGAAGACAGAAGAUUUUGGAUUUGAUUGACGCUACAGGCAGUGGGGACGUAGAUACAAGCACUGUGCUGACUACUGAAGAGGUCGAGGAAAGAAGCAUCAAGUCUCCGUUCACUGGCAGAGAUUUGAAAAUUCCUUCAGAUUGGCAAAAUCCGUCUGGGCGUUGGCAUGUUGGAGUGAAAUCGGCAUAUGAGUUAUUUCCGAAACUUCUUCGGACGAGGCUGAAUACAGAGAUAAAGAAGAAACUCUGGGAUCCUGCACAUGAACGAUCCUUGGCUGUUGCAGCUCAGGAAUUAGACCAUUGGAAUGAUGAGCACAGUGACAAGACUGCUACUUUGACACGGAAUGAGAAAUUAAUGAAGGAAGAGCUGGAAUAUCGUGUUGAGCUUCUAACAAAGUUUGACAAAGAACAGGAUAUUGCAGGUCCAGUUUACGACUGCAUUGUGUUUCAUGAUGGGAAUACAUGGAGAGCUGUAAUUGAUUCUAAUGAAAAUGGCGAUUUAUUAUCAGCAUCUGUACUAAGCAGUUUUCGUGAAUCUGGGCAAUAUGCCACAUUUGGAGGCCAAGACUUGAUGAACUACUCAAUCAAUGUGUAUGACAAUGGUCGUGUGCUCAGCGUUGUGACCACUUGUGGGUCUCAUGGUACUCAUGUUGCAAGUAUUGCUGCUGGUAACUUUCCAGAUGAACCAGCUUUGAAUGGUGUAGCGCCAGGAGCUCAGAUUGUUUCUGUAAAGAUUGGAGACUCAAGACUUGACUCUAUGGAAACGGGUAGAGCUUUGGUAAAUGGGGUAUCUGCUAUUGUUGCUCACAAAUGUGAUAUUGCCAACCUAAGUUUUGGAGAAGGUGCACAUUGGCAUAAUGCAGGAUGUGUCGUUGAAGCAAUGGCAGAAUUGACUCAGAAGUAUGGCAUCAUUUUUGUAAGCAGUGCAGGAAACAAUGGUCCUGCUCUCAGUACUGUUGGUUGUCCAGGAGGCACAGAAAGUUCUGUCAUAGGAAUUGGUGCUCUUGUCACACCAGAUAUGAUGGAUGUUGAAUAUUCGAUGAGAGAACGAUUACCUAUCAAUCAGUACACAUGGUCUUCACGUGGACCUACAAUUGAUGGCGCACUAGGAGUUAGUGUGAGUGCUCCAGGUGGAGCUAUAGCUUCUGUACCCAACUGGACACUGAAGGGCUCUCAACUGAUGAAUGGCACUUCUAUGUCAUCACCAAAUGCAUGUGGUGGAAUAGCUUUGAUCAUGUCAGGUUUGAAAGCAAGUGGCAUAACCUACUCUCCUUCAAGUGUGAAGCAAGGAAUUGAGAACACAGCGUCACCAGUGGAAGGCCUGGACAAGUUAACUGUUGGUCAUGGACUAUUACAGGUUGAUAAAGCAUUUGAGUAUAUCAAAGAGCAUGGAAUCAACUUGGCUAGAGAUGUUACUUUUGAAGUGAGUGUUGAUGGCUCAAGACGUGGAAUUUACUUGAGAGAAUCUUGCAGUUUACAAAAACCAAUUGUAGCUUCUGUGAAGGUUGAGCCCAAGUAUAAUGACGAUGCAGAGCGAGCAGAUAGAAUCAAGCUUCAAUUGAAAUUAAAUGUAGCUUGUGAUGCUAGUUGGGUAUCAGCCCCCAGUCAUCUGGUGCUUAUGAACACUGCCAGGCAGUUUAGUGUUCGAGUUGAUCCUCGUGGGUUGAAUAGUGGCUAUCACUUCAGUGAAGUGUGUGCAUACAAUGCAGAUUUUCCCUCUCAAGGGCCAUUGUUCAGAGUGCCGGUUACUGUUAUUAUACCAGAGAAGAUAGGUUUGGAAGCCGGCUAUUGUCGUUCCGACAAGCUACAGUUUAAGCCUGGUCAAGUACACAGGAUGUUUUUAGAAAUUCCUCACGGUGCUACUUGGGCAGAAGUAUCUUUGGUUGCUAAAGUUUCAACUGGUUCAGCAACAUUUUUUGUUCAUGCGAUUCAACUUCAGAAUGACUGUGAUUAUCGUAGUCAUGAGUUUGACAAAAGAGCAGUUCUAAGUGAUGGAUCUCAUUGGCUGCAACAGUUCAAAGUUCUGGGUGGAGUGACACUGGAGCUGUCAGUGGCUCAGUAUUGGGCAAGUCUCGGAGAUUCAGAAGUGACUCGAACCAUCACAGUUCAUGGAAUAAUGUCAAACCCAUCAGAAAUUACUUUUCAUAGUUCCAAGGCUUAUACACGAGUAGAUGUAACUGCCUCUUUCAGGCAAGAGGAAAUUCAACCCUCUGGCUCUCUGAAGACUCACAUUGAACCUCUCCGCCCUGUUGACAGUGCUAUUCGUUGUAUGGGUGAACAAGAUGUUUUGCCAAGCGGUUGCCAUGUGUAUCAGUUGAUAUUAACUUACACCUUCUCAAAAGCUAAGAAAGGUGAAGUUGUUCCUGCUGCAUCAUAUCUUUCGAAUCUGCUUUAUGAGUCAGAAUAUGAAUCUCAGCUCUGGAUGUUGUUUGACUCAAAUAAACAACUUAUUACCUGCGGAGAUGCAUUUCCACAUAAGUAUGCAGUAACAAUUGAUAAAGGAGACUACACUCUUCGUCUUCAGGUGUGUCACAGCAGGCGUGAACAGCUGGAACGACUGAAAGACAUGAUUAUUGUAAUCAAGCACAAACUGCCAUCACCAGUAUCUGUUGAUGUUUAUGGCAGUCUAACUCAAGCAAUGAGAGCGAGUGGAAGUAAAUGCAAGUCACUCAAGCUUGGUCCUGGCAAUUGCAUACCUCUCUAUAUCAUGCCUCCUGCUGAAGACAAAAUUCCAAAGGCAGUGAAACCUGGCCACAUCCUUCAAGGUACGAUGUCAUUUGCUAAGGAUUCUGAAGUGAAGAAAGUGGACAGUUGCCUUUUCAGUUAUGUUAUUUCUGAGCCACCUCUAAAACGAGUCAAAAGCAAACAGGACAAAGCACAAAAAACUACUUUGUCUCUAUCUGAUCAGUAUGAGGAGGCACUAAGAAGCUUUCAGCUGACUUGGGCUUGCAAGUUGAAGGAUCUUCAGCAGGUUGAUGAAGUAGAAAAACAAGCUGUGGAUCCAUUAGAAGCUCGGUUGACCAGGCUUCGAAUUCUUGAGGAAAAGGAACGUUUGUCACACUUAGAUGCUAUUGUUGCUACUGCCAAUGCUGUUUUGGAUUGUAUUGACAUUGUUCAGUUGGCUGCUUACUGUGGAAUGAAGGCAGAUCUUAGCAGCGAUGCUGACACUGUGAAAUGUGACAUGGACAAGAAGAAAGCAGCUGUGAUUGAAGCUUUAGGGACCAAGGCCAGAGCUUUAGCUGACUAUUCCGAACCUAAAAUUUCUGAUUUUGAUGAUGUGAUGGUCGAGCUGCAGAAGUGGACAGAAUUGAAAGAACCGAAAGUAGUUUCUGUGGCUGUAGAGCAUGCCAGAUUACAUGGGUACUAUGCUCAAGCCAUUAAACUGCUUUUACAAGAAGAGGGAAACCUGACAAAGGAUGCAGAAGUGCAAAUUAUUGAGCUACUAGGCAAGCUAGAAUGGGAUCACUGUAUUCAAAACAGGCGACAGUGGCUGUUAAGGCGUUUUCCUCUAAGUUACCCUCUGUUUUAGUAUACAUAACGCUCAACAUUGACUAAUCGUUGAAUGAGUUAGUAGCCUGUCUAAUCUAGAUAGGAGAGCUGACUGUUGCAUGUAGAGGUGAAUGUGCCAAUACCAUGGUGUGUAUUGCUGUUUAGAUUUCUCACAGUUAUGAAACCGCCCAUACAGUUUAUAACCACCCGUGUCUACUGCAGUGCCAGUAGUAAUGUAGACGGUCAUUUGCUAGACAGGUCUACAGUACAAUAGACAAGAUAGUUCUGUUUUGGGACGGAACGCUACAAGAACUAGAUAGUUGCUGAACUAUGAACUCUGGAUGACUGUUAACUUAAGUAUGUAUCGAAGACGGUUGGUUUUUCCUAGGUUCAAUUUCUUUUGUCAUGCAGGAGGCGUAGCAUCUGUCAAUUGACAAAUGAGUAAUUAAUUAAGU